UCUUACCCACUAUGUGGUGCUGUGGAGUGCUGAUCUGUCGAAACUCUGCAGCAGACGGAGGGAAUCCUGUCGGGAAAGUUUUGUGUGUGCAGAGCAGAGGCAUGCAACAUCAAAUCCUGUAAGGCUACCACUGUGUCUGCAAAGGAACCAAAGUGAAAGGAACCUCGUUUUGAAUUUGUAAGGGAUAUUACAGCCUGUCAUUAUUCCAGUGAUAACCAUUGAAAAGGAACCAUGCCUCCUAAACAACCUAGGCGAUCCAAAUCACCUUUGAAACCACUAGGAAAAGAGAGCAUGCGUCCCUUUGUGAACAAGGUGAACAAUGAAAAUCAAUCUCCUGUCCCACUUUUGGGUAAAAAAACUCACACUGAAAGGAGGGAACCUCUCUCUGAAAGGAACGGCUCAAAUGGCACUGGUAAAAUGCCAGAGGCACCCGCGGGCAAGGUUACAGAGCACAGUGAAGAGGACAGAGUGAAAGAAUUCACGUUCAGCUUCCAAAGGAAUAGCACGGAACAUGUGGCAAGAGGGAAACUGGAUGAGAAUUUACACUCUGUUCUGAUGUCUUCUGAGGCAUUCAAGGAAGAACAGGGAAAAAACAAGGGGAAGAAUUUCCACAUAAUUGGGAAAAGGGAAUUCAUGGGUGCUGUUAAUCUAGGAAUGCCAUGCAAAUGUCUGCCAGAGAAGGCCCAUUUUGAAGUGAUAUUCUACCGAGAUAAUGGUGAGAUGUGCUAUCGGGCUGACGAUUCUUCAGGCAAGGAGUGUGUUGUGUUCCAAAUCAGAAGCACUGGGAAAUCAGCUGGCAAACUUGGCACAGCGCCAAAACAUAUCAUCAAGUGUGAGUCUCUACGAGGCAAUGGAUAUGACCUGUGUGUUUACGCCUUUGCAGGCGAGACUAUCCGAGAGGCUCUGUGUAAGGACAGGAGGUUCCUGCCCAUAAUUGAGCAGAAUAUGUGGAACCUGGUCGAAGGGCAGAGAUCUCUGCCGUUCAGCCUCACUGUAAAUGACCUCCACAACGAACACUUUGAAGUUAAACUGAGCAACACAAAGUUCAAAGCAGGAAAUAAGGAAGAAAAUGCCAGUGCCAGCAAGAACCAGGAGGAGGAGAAUGUGCCAGGAGGAGUGAAUGAGCUGCUCCAUAACCUGGUAAUGCAGGUUGAUCAAAGUUUGGGAAAGGAAAGAGGCAGUAAGUACCAUCAAAAGCAAUGGAAACUGUUGAAGGCAGAGUAUGGAAAGGUCACAAGUGACGGAAUUCCCAUUAUUGUCCACGAAAUGCUCGUGCGGUUGAGUGAGGCCGUUGGAUUCGUCAAAUGGAAUAACAAUGGGAUUCAAGGGACUGCCUCUUGCUUCCACCUCCGUAAUGGCCACAUUCUGACAUGUUACCAUGUGGUUAAGAUGAUCAUAGGAGACGGGGUGCCUGAGGAUGAGUGGGAGGCCAUAGUAGAGAAAUCCAUGAAGGUAAACUUUAGCUACAAAGAGGAGCAUCCUACUAGUGGAUGGUAUGAAGUUGACCCGUGGUUCGAAGUGUACAGCUUGGAUCUUGACUAUGCGGUGCUGAGACUGAAGGCCUGCAAUGGUCACGGAUCACAGCUUCCACCAGGUGUGUCACCCAUUGUAAUCCCCCCGCCCAGGAAUGGAGUGGUCUACAUUAUAGGUCAUCCUGAUGGGGUUCGCAAAUCCACUGACACUUGCAUCGUCAUCCCCCUUGAACAGCGAAAAAUUGGAUACUACAUACACGCUUUCGGUAGGUACAGUUUCAGAGAAAUCCAAAGUCCAGACAAGAUUACCUACAACAGUUGCUUCUUCCAUGGUGCCUCUGGUUCCCCAGUGUUCAAUUCCUCUGGUCUGCUUGUGGGAAUGCAUGCUGGAGGAUAUGAUUAUAACAUAGGUUCCAAGAUCAAUAGUGUGAUCGAAUACGGUCCAACCAUUAAAGCCAUUGCAGACCACAUGGAGAAGCAGCACCCAGAAUUUGUCAGGUCACUCUUCAUUAGUCAUGAUCAAAGACAGGAUGAGCAGAACAUACCAUCCAAUAACCAGGAGGAAGUUCCAAUGGAUGUCGAGUAAAUGGAGGCAACCAAAUGAGUUUAAAAUGGGCAGAUUUAAAAUUCUCAUCCUUUUUACAUCCGUGCCUCCCUUGUCUCCAAACUCGAUUAUUCCAAAAUUCCCUCACCUUGCAUCUCUCUAUAAAGUAAUUCAAAAUCUUCUUGUUUGUACACUGACUAACACCAAUUCCCAUUCAUCCAAGGACCCUUGUGUUUAGAAAUCUACCUGGGCUCCUGGUACUAUAGUGACUCAGUUUAAGAAUUCUCGUCUGUGAUUUUAAACCUCUCUGGAGGUCUUACCCCCCACUAUCUCGAUAACUACCUCCAGCCCUACAACUCUUUGAAAUUUUACAUUCCUCUAUCUCUAAUUCUGGCCUCUUGCAGAGCUCCUGAUUUUCAUCACUAUACUGCUGGCGAACAUGGCUUCAGCCACCUCGAUUCUAAGUUCUGGAAUUUCUUCCCUGCUCCUUUCCAUCUCUCUCUGCAUAUCUCCUUCCUCCUUAAGAUGUUGCUUGGUCACCUAGAGCCAUAACGGCUCAAUAGGAGGCUAUUCAGCCUAUCAAAUCCAUGCUGGCUCUCUGCAGAGCAGUCCCAAUCCCCCAUUGUUUCCCAGUAGCUCUGUAAAUUUAUUUUCCUCAAGUGCUCAUUCAAUUUCCUUUUGAAAUCUUUGAUCACCUCCACUUCCAUCACCCUCAUAGGCAGAGAGUUCCAGGUCAUUACCACCCAUCCUUUAGGAACAAAUCUUCCUCACAUGAGCCCGGCAAAACCUUAUUCCAUAUCCUUAUUGUGUCACCUAAUGCUUGUACCAUCAGCUGACGAACAGUUUUUCUUUGUCCGCCUUAUCUAAACCUGUCACAAUCUUGUACACCCCUAUCAGAAAUCCCCUUAACUUCACUCGGUCCGAGGGGAACAACUCCAGCUUCUCAAACCUGACCUUGUAGCGAAGGGGAAUAGUAGCAUGACUGACUACUAAGCGAGAGGUUUGACUAAUGUUAAAACAUUUAUUUUAAAUUUGUUCAUGGGACGUGGGCUUUGCUGGCUAGGACAGCAUUUAUUGCCCAUCCCUAAUUGCCCCUUGUUCAGAGGGAAUUUAAGUGUCAACCAUGUUGCUGGUGGGUC